UUUGAAUUUACUGAAAAAGAUGCUUGAAACAUGUGUUCUCCCAGUGACGUCAGUCCACAGACAUCCUUAAUUCAGUGUUGAUGAAAAAGUACCAAACAGCUGUUGCUGAAUUUGAUAGACAAUAGACAGAUGAAGGCUUAAGCUUCCCACAAAUAUCGUUCAUGGUUUAAAUUCUGUGACCCAUCUUCAUGCUAGUUUAUUAGGUUUGUAUAUGUUGUGUAUGUAUCUCGUACACACACACACACACACACACACACACUGUGCCAGUGCGUCUGUGCCAUACGUCUACUCCAGGCUGGCUUCUUAUUGGCCACUUGUUGCACAGGCAGUCUAGCGGAGCCUUAAUCCCUCCUGAGUGUAAUCCCCUCGCAGGGCUCUUUGUAGUCCCAAGUGUAUGUUGGCCACUUUGUCUGUGUGAUACCAGCAGACAAACCUGGGCUGUGACCGAAUGCGUUCCUGAUGUGCCGUUUAGCAUUCACACAUACAAGGUAAUGCUGUUUGUUUUGUAGCAUCCGGCUUGUUUUGGGUUGAUUUAAAGCUUGGAAGCCUCCUUGGCUUCUGAUAAUUGAAGGGACUAUUACAGAUAAUGUAAUGACGUCUGAUAUGAUUCCCAGACUUCUGAGGGUAACUUUAUAACAUUACUGUUAACAAAACUUAAAGUUCCUCUCAAGCCAAAAUGUUGUGAAGCUGUGCAGUUUUAAGUUACUAGGUUCAGGUUUUAUUACAUUUUAGUGGGAUUCAUCAUUAAUAAUACAUCAUAAUAAUAAUUCCCAGGAAACAGUAUUAUCUGUUUAUAUGCGUUGAUGCUGCUGUCAGAGAGACAGAGAAGCAGUUAAAUAUUUCACGACUGGACUUGAUGCGUUUGAGCCAAGUUUGAAUGAGUAGUGUGAAAGACCAUCUGUCUGCGUGUGUGUACAGUACAGUGUGUGUCGGGCCGGGGGAGGGGCGGCUUCCCAUGCAUUACAAGCAAACAAUUAGUUUCAGUUUAAGGUGAAUUACUUAAAGUGUGUGCACUUCACUUUAGGCUCUGGUAGCUGUUCACAUAUCACUUUACACCGCGUCGCUUGGUCUCGCAUGACUCUAUGUCCCGACAUGUGCGUGUUAAGAAUGCAGUCGCAUUAAUAUUCAAAAAAAUGUAGUCAGAUUCAGUUUCAGAUUCAGACUCAGUCAGUUAAUAAUAAUUUACAGUUCUGUAAAUGUCAAACACUAAAUGGUCCCAAAACCACUGUAAAAGGUUUUGAUAUUUUAUAUAUCUAUUUACUUACACGUUGUGUUCUAGUUCAUUUCCAGUCAUGUAAAGGUGGCGCGCCGUUAAGUUCGUUAGAAGAAUCACCAUAAAUCAUUCCAAAGGGGAGAAAUGUUAAAGCCAAUGCAGCAAACAAGGAGUUAACUUUUCCCUGAGCGUUUCAUUUCCUGCUUCGGGUUUCCUGGGUAUUCUGACUCCCUCUCUGUCAUUCCUGCUGUUAAAGGGGUUGGGCUAGAUGAGUAGAUUGUGUGUAGCGGCUAACAUCUGGGCCAGCUCCACGUUCCGCUGUCUCACGCACACCGGUCGGAGGGACCACACCAGAGGACUCUGAACUUUCCUCUCCGGACAGUUGCACGUCGCCGGGUGAUUCUGCCGCCUUCUUACAGGUUUCUGCUUUUAUUGUUGAACAACAGCAGGAACAAUCUUGUCAGUGUCCGGUUCUUCCUGUCCACCCCGGACUCGCCUCAGAAAGACAUCGACCGAGAGCGCGACGUCCUCCAUGCGUUCAGGUAAUCUGAGGGCUCUGAAGAAGCGCUGGGAGCAACCGGAGAACCCUGACCACGGCAAAGCGCCUUCCGUCCAAGUUGCGAGGCAGUCCAGCUUUCGCUCCAGGCCCGCCGUCUUGACCAAAGCUCCCUCUAUCAGCGACAGCGCUCCUCCUUCAAGCGGCCCCCUGCAGCCGGCUGCGCAGACAGGGCCCCCUGCAAGCAGCUGUGUCCAGCAGCCGUCUGCUGAAGAGAUGAGAGGGAUGGACAGGGCCGAGCCCACGCACGCGACGAGACCUGAAAAGGCCGAAGACCGACCUCCACCCAGCCCCGGUGCCGCCUAUGAAAAACCCAAAGUGCCCCUGAACAACCUGAAGAUGAAAUUUGAGAAGGGCGAGGACACAACUGGCAAGCCUGGCAGGACAGCGCUGAGCAGCACUUCAUCAGAAGACAUGAACCAGCACAGUGGUCAGCCGGUGUCUGACCGAGUGCUGGAGUCAUUAUCUGUGAGGGACAAGUUGGCCAAGUACCAGGCUGCAGUUUCAAAACAAGGCAAACCUCGACCUACAGAGACUUCAGCUCCAAAAACAUCUGCACCUGUGACUCAGAAACACGUAGCUGCAUCCGAGUGCAACGGUGAGAGCAGUGAGACGUCCAAAGUACCCAGGAAGUUCUGCCCGCCGGUGAUGGAGACAUGCGGGGCCUGUCUGAAGACCGUGUACCCCCUGGAGAGAAUGGUGGCGCAACAGCGCGUCUUUCACAGAACCUGCUUCCGCUGCUCUCACUGCAACACAAAUCUCAGCCUCGGGAACUAUGCCUCUCUACAUGGCAACAUCUACUGCAGGCCCCAUUUCAACCAAAUGUUCAAAGCGAAAGGCAACUAUGAUGAGGGCUUUGGCCAUCGGCCUCACAAGGAGCUGUGGGAGCCUCGAGUCGAUGCUGAAGAAGGAGAAGAAGCUGUAAAGAGACAAGAGCAACGGCAGCCUGUGGCAGCGACGCAUCCACCUGAGACCACUGCAGACAAACAGACGAUCUCAACCGUGGAAACAUCCUCGCAGGCAAAAGUGACCGACCUCACUGCCAUGUUGGAGACACGUGUGCAGACACGGGCCACGAGACAGGAGUCUACGGAGCGACCCGCAGAGACGCACAGGAUGAGGAUCGCCUGGCCCCCUCCGGGCGGAGAGAGCCACUCUGGGGCAGCGGAGCCAAGUCCAGUGACCGAGGGAGUCACCUCAGGCCGAGCCUGGAGAGCCAAGUGGCCCCCAGAGGAUGAGGCACCGUCGUCCUUCCGUAGCUCAGAGCGGGCGGAGCUCAAGAGCCUGAGGAGGAGCACAUCCCUCAAAGAACGCAGCCGGCCUUUUACCAUUGCAGCAAACCCCAGCGCCGCCAAAGAGCUGGGUCCCAGGGAGCCCCGUCGGCCUCUCAGGUCUCUACUGAACUGGAGGGCAUCAUUGGAGGAAAAGAGCACAGCUGAAGCGUCGGCCAAAGAAGACAAACCCGUGCUCCAGCAGGUAAAACAUCAGGAGGAGGAGAAAGAGAAGAUACAGCCUCAAAUACAAGGUCGAGAAGCAACAGGCGAGUCUGUCUCCCAGACUCAGCUCAAGCAGCAGGAACAAAAAGAAGAAACAGAGAGAGAACACGUCUCAGCAGCAGCAGAAGGCAAGAUGGAGGUGGAAGACGUCUGUGUGAGAAACCAGUCCCCGGAUAUCGCACCGCCCCCCUCUCCUCCUUUGCUGCCAAAGGGGAACCCUUCCUCGCAGGACGUGGGCUCUUGUGAGGAGGACAAAGAAGGAAGUGAUGCUGAGGAGCUGAGCGCAGAAGACAUAAUCAAGAGGAACCGUUACUAUGGGGAGACGGAGGACUCUGACUCAUAGAACGUCCCCAAGUCUUACUGUCUUUAUAAUAGUACAAUCAAUUUGACUUUUUUAGUAAUUGUUAGGUAUUAAAACAUUAUAGUUAGAUCAUAAAUUUAGCUUUGCCAGAUUUUUUUUACUCUUAUAUUUUUUUUUCUUUGUCUGUAACUCCUGAAGUACAAAUAUGAUUUUUUUUUUUACAUUUUCUGUCAAAUUGUCUAAUGCAAAUUUUAUAUGACUCCUGAUUAUACUGGACCUUGGGCCUAAAUUAAAGCCAAUUAAUGCAUAAUAAUAAUUGCAUAUUAAUAAUUUGCAUAUUAUUUGCAGGUGGUGUCCAAAAGCCCAUGUGCUGUAUGUGGUAAUGCUCUAGACUAGACUGGUGAUGAUCAGCAGCAGGUGUCAUAUUUACUUCCGCUCUAACCUCCUGCAGAUUAGGAAAAGCAUUAACCAAUCCUGUCAUUUUAAGGGGCAUUGACUUCAUAUGAAUCUUUAUAGUUUUGUGUUAAUCAAAAUGUAGAAAAAAACAAAACCCAAAUAAAUAACACAAUUUAUUACUGAGCAAGCCUCAAAGCCAACAUGGUGGAGAUUAUUGUGCCAGUUCACAUCAUGAUGGAAUGAUAGUAAACAUGGACAUUGCUGACAACCUUCCAGCAAUAAGGCAAGUAUUGGAAUAUACAUAUAAUCUUACAUAUUAUGAGUUUUUCUUUCUUAAUAAUUGCUACUAUGAUAUAUGUGUCCUGUGAUCUGUGUUUGCACUGCAAAACAUAUUUUAAGUGUAUAAUGAUCUGAUUAAGCAUCACAGUCUAAAUUGUUCUUUAAUCUCAUGAAAACAAAGAAAUUGGAAUGACUUUGCACAAACUUUCUUGAUAUUUUCUUUUAGAUGUUGGAUUGACAGUGUCCUUGCCUCUUAUCUUUUAUGCACAUCCAAUUUCUGACCGUGGGUCUUUCAUCAGGUUCAUUUUUGUCUCUUUCAAAACAUUCACAUUGAAAUGGGCUUUUUAAACUGUAUGAUACAUAUUGUCCCACUAUCAGAAUCCGAUAGAUGAUGUUAUAUUAUCAUUUGAGGGACUUUUGCCUGUUUGUAAAAAAGAAACAAAAUAAAAAUAAUUAAAAAAUUUGGUCAUGAAACAGCACAAAAUGUUUAUCUUGUUUAACUUAUGAUUAAAGUACAAACAGAAAGCUCA